AUGGAGCUGUCGUCGCAAGGCGACGACGGCGUGUAUACUGCUGAAUGUAUCGAAAAGAAAAGAAUUCGGAAGGGUCGCGUGGAAUACCUUGUUAAAUGGAAGAAUUGGAGCCGUAAGCAUAACACAUGGGAGCCGGUGGAAAAUAUUUUGGAUACUCGCCUACUGGAAGCCUUCGAAAAAAGUCAGAAAAAAGAACCUGCCAAAAGGGGACCUAAGCCAAAAAAAGACAGAAGCCUUGGUUCGAGUGAUGCCCCGCCGGAGGCUGCUGCAACGACGAGGAACAACCACCGGGCAGAUGGCGAGGAGGGGGAGCCCCCUCCUCCUCCCCUCCCCCGAGAGGAGUCCAGCGACACCGAAGCGAGCGAUGCCGAGGAGAAGAAAGAGCCCGCCAUCCUCAAGCGCAAGCUGAGGGAGGACAGCGUGGAGGCUUCUUCUCCCUCUAGUCCGCCGGCCGCGGAGGCCAAAAACAAAACGAAUCCUGUUUGCGAGUCGCCCGAGCGCGACGAGCCCGCUGCCCAAGGUCACCCCGCGCCCGAGCCGACUCCGAAGCAGCCCGAACCGAACACUCCGAAGGCACCGAGCAAUGGACAUGCCAAGAAAGUGCCCCAGAGCCGGUCCGAGGGCGGCCGGAAGUCGAGCUCGGGGGGCGGCAAGCCCCAACCCGGAAAGAACUCUCCGCUGGCCAGGGUGCCUGCGCCGAAAUCUGGCGGGAACAAGCUGGGCGGCAGCUGCCCGGGGGGGAAGGCGGACUCUCCCGCCAACCACUCCGACCAGGAGAACAAUAGCAGCGAGUCGGGGAAGGUCGCAGCUGUCGUCAGCCCCAGCCUCGGCAAUCUGCUGCAGCCGAAGAACGGCAACAGCCGCCCCCUCGCGCUCUGGGGGCCGGAGCCCCCCGAGAAGUGGCACAGACUGAACCCGGUCGUCGAUCAGAUACUGAUCACGGACGUCACCGCGAACCUGGUCACGGUCACGGUGCGCGAGUGCUGGACCGACCGUGGGUUUUUCCGGGAUCGGGAGUCUCCGGAUAAGGUGGGGGCGAACGAACCCAAAGGGAUGGAAGUCAAUUAGUCAAUGUUUCACACCAUCUCUUCUCAGUGGCGCACACGGGAAUUUCUCAAGGGAGGGGGGGGGGAUCCGGGAUCGAAUGUCCACCCUUCUCAUAUCAUACUCCAACACGCAUCCGAACUUAUUCUUUUGAUCCUUUAUCGAUUGUCGGGAACAAAAAACCGUUUAAAAAAAUUAUUGAAUAAUUACUUAGCAUUAGUUAAUAAAAUAAAUUUAUGAAUAACAAAUACUUAAACAAAAUAUCAGAAUGCACGAGAACGAUUGUAUUUACUUUCCUCGGAGUUGAAAAUAAAAACAGUGAAGCAAAAUCAUCAUUCUAG